UUUGCAUGUGCUGCAGCUUGUUACCUGGCAACCUAAACCUGACUCCUCCUUCCUUUCUUCCUUGCUCCAUCACUUCCUCCCACCCUCCCAAACAUAAGCACCCACCUCCUCUGCCGCAUCUCACGCACGCUUUACGUGCCUUGUCAUCACGCACUGGGGCAGGUUCUGGCUUGCAAAUGGCACGAUGCCUUUCAUCUCUCAGGCGAAUCCACGCAAGAAAACACGCAAAGGCGUCUUAAUACCCGGAAUUAAGAUGGUCGUUUGAUUUGCGGCGUUUUGUUGAAUGUGGAGCUCGUGGAUGGCGAAUGAGGACUCAGAGAGCAAAACGUCCGGGGGCACUUAUAACACGCGAGUGGAUGUGAUGCCCGCGUGACUGCGGGGAGAAAUAGAGGCGGCACACCAGGCGGACUAUCCCCCUUGUGGUCUAAUGAGAAUUCCCUUUGGUGCAUUUUCACAUUCGAUGGAAGAUUUUUCUCGUUGAUGAGGUGAGAUAUCUUCAUCUUUUUUCUUUUUUUGCUCGGCGGUCCAUACAGAAGGUCGGAUGAUGCUCCGCUGGGGAGGAGGGCAGCGCGCGCGCGCACACAUACAUAUAGCCGAGCGGCCCACAAGCUGAAAAGGAUGUGUGUCUUUCCAUCUUUCUUGUUUUGGAAUGUUUGACAACGUGCUGCCUGCUGCUGCUGCUGCUUGCCGCAAUGCCUAUGGUGACAGAGUGGAAGUAGGAGAAAGAAGCAAAAUAUAUAUAUAUAUAUAUAGAAAAGAACGCAAAACCAGUAUGAGCCGCACAGAGGAGUCUUAUUGCAGGAUGCUGUGAGGUGUAGCCUACAGUAUUGACUUUCGAGUCAUGGCUGAAACAGUCAAAUGAGCUGUUUGAGUUCUUCAUUUUCAACUUUCUGCUGACCAGGCUCAAAAUGUUCAGCCACCCUUGAACGUUGCUUUUAUAACCAUACCUUGAGUCCAAGACUUUCAUCACAACCCCAAAAUGCCCUCGCCAUCAGACUCCAGCAGCGUGGCAUCGGCCUCAGGGUCCCGGGGUUGGUCGGACAGUCGUCGGGGCAUCUCGGGUCGAGGCCCCGGGGGAGCGCGCUUGCUCCUAUACCUAGGUCUGUGCCACCUGGGCCUGGGCGCCAUGGUCCUGGCUUUCUCCUUCACCAGCAUGGCCUUCACCUCAUCUGCUCGCGUAAGGCAGUCCUGUCCCUUCUGGGCUGGAUUUUUUGUGGUGGCGUCGGGGAUUGUUGGCAUUAUCUCAUGGAGGAGACCUUUAACACUGGUGGUGUCUCUGUUCAUGCUGCUGUCUGCAGUGUGUGUGAUCCUUAGUCUUGCUGGCUCUAUGCUCUCCUGUCAGAACGCACAGAUGGUCAAGUCCAUGCUCACUUGUCAGGUGGAGAAUGGCCGUUGCAUAUGUUGUGUACCCCCUGAAUCCUGCUCCAGCAAAGAGGAUGGAACUCUCGUCCUCAAUCUUAAUUCGGACUGCCACUCCAUAAGACAUCAACUGAAAGACUUGUUGUUUAGCGCUUGUGGUCUGAGCAUUCUUUCCACCAUCAUCUGUACACUGUCCACAGUCACGUGCAGCAUCCACAUUUUUUCCCUAGACCUUGUGCACCUGCUGGCGCCCCAUCGUUCUCGAUCCGUCAAUCCGGAAUGCACCACUCCUCAGGAUGCUUUCCUUACCAACAUCAUGGACUUCGAUGAGUUUGUUCCGCCUAUUCCGCCGCCUCCUUACUAUCCUCCCGAAUACACCUGCAGCUCAGAAACAGACGCUCAAAGUAUCACCUACAAUGGCUCCAUGGAGAGCCCUAUUCCGCUCUACCCGACUGACUGUCCUCCUCCAUAUGAAGCAGUGAUGGGGCAAAGAGCUGCCAGUCAAGCAACUAUGUUUGACCAACACGGUGCUGAGCUGUCUGGCGAGCGUGCAACCUCUACAGCAUUCAGUGGAGAAGUCUCAAUGGACAGCGGAUCUCUGCUCAUGUCAGAAAUAGUAGACAUUCCAGAUGAUUCGUCUCCGUCCGAGGACUCCUGUCUGCUGGAGGUAGCGCUGAGGAACCAAGGCGGCAGGACCAGCAGGGCGGUCAGCGAGGUGAGCGAAGGUCCAGAUGGAGGAACGGAGCGCAUAAGCCUCCGUGGUCCUCGGUCGCAAACACCGGAGAGUCCUCUGGCUGGAGGACCAAGGGCCAGACGUUUCCUCAGAGGAGAGCGGUCCAACUCUUGCUCUUCACCCAGCACUGCAACCACCAUAUACAGGUCUCCACUAUUGCGGCGCCAGGCCACACUAGCUAGAAGCUGUUCCCAGUUGGAGGCCGUAGCUGGGUCCGCCUCGCAACAGAAAACCUCUGUGCCAGACAUCCUAGUUCGUCCCUCUACUCCUUUGCGUCAGGCAGCUGCUCAAGACGCCUGUCCUCCUCUCACCGAGAAUAGUGUUGGACCUCCUUUACAGCGCCAGCCGCUGUACCUGCGACGACGGGCAGCACGGAAUAGAAAUGACAAUGAAGGCCUGCUACGCAUUACGAGGUCACGUAGUGAACCGGUGCUCAACUCCUCUUCAGGUUUAGUUGACUUGAGAUUUGGUUGCAGCAAAGCUUCUCCAGAUAUAGGUCCAUCCCCUGAGACGCUGCUCCUGCCGCGUACAUCUUUGCAACCGGCUACUGCUUUGCCAACAAAAGACACCAUGAAAUCCACAGACCCAGGUGUGCAAGUUCCCUCCAAAGCUCCGGUAUCACCUCUACGUUUACCCAGAGAAUACCACCGCUCCCUUGGAGACCUCAAGGUGACUCGAGUUCUUGUGGCUCGCUUCCUGCAGCGCUCCAAACGCAACCUGGCGCCCUCCUCUGAGCAUGCUGGGAGCGCAGGGCAGGUACCGAAAAGGAGGGCAGGAGCUGAGGGCACCGUCACCAACCAUCUGUCGUUGGAACAAGUUUGGCGAGCCCCUUGGAGCACCAGUCGAGGACAACCCAACCACCACUCCCACCAGCGCACCCACCAUCACUCCCACAGCGACAGCCGACACAACCGCAGCCACAGCGGCCGCGCCCCAGAAGGCAUCCACCUACGUAGCUGUGGGGAUUUAAACUCUUCGUCCUCUGUAUCUGCACGCCGGUUAGUGUCUCCUCAUCUGCAGCGUGGUUCGUCAGGAGCACUUUACUCAGAGUCUGCCCUGUGAAGAGAAGGAAUUUAAAGAUGAUGAUCAUGUAUUGAAUAUAACACAUCUGAAGACCCAUCUACUCCAAAGUCUUAUGGCCUUCUUCAGUGGGUGCUGUACAACAUUCUGAAUACCAGACAAGAUGCGGCCUAAACAGUGCUAGCAGAAACCCUCUUUCCAUUCAACUGCUGCCUUCGCAGUGGAAAGAUCCUGGAAGACUAAUAGGCCUUCAGGCGUUCAACAUAAUGGACUGCUAUAUGUUAAAUGCCCUUUGGUACAAUGUUGUUUAAUAUUUUGGGUUGGCAGGUUGGAUGAUGAUGAAAAAAAUAACUUGGGUUUUGUCUUCCUUGUAAAAAAAAAAAAAGAAAAUGAAAAGAGACCGACCAUGCAUAUUUAGCCUUGUGUAAUAUAAAAUAAGCAAACAUUCCCAUUUUUCUUCUUUUCGCGAUCCUUCACACCUCUUGCCACUGACACAUUUGCCCACAUAAAUAAUAAUAAUGCACGUCUUGUAUUCUCUUUGGCUGGCCACCUUGGAUACAUGGUUUAGUGUGCAUGUUUUUUGACCCCCAAAAACAUCGGACAUGUCUUUCUUUGCACGGUUUGCCCCCUCCCUGUGUACACACACAACUUAGAGGAAGUGUUAAAUGAUAUGUGUUUUUAAAAAAAGUGUCGCAAACAAAAUAUGCAUAUGCAGCACAUUGGUGUGCAAUAUGUCCUUGUGGACAAAGCAUAUCUGAUUGUGGCUUUAGCAGUCGGAUCCUGUUAGAUAAUGUGUUCAUUGCUCUGAUGAAAUGUCUCUUGCAAUAAAUGUACAAAUUUGUAAGAACACUACAGUACAGGGCUCACACUAAAGGUACCGGGCUGAUUUUACUUGUAAAACAUACCAAUGGAUCCUGAGAUGUACAUAUACACACACAUACUACUUGCACUCUCCACUGAGACGUGUUUCUACCUCCUCCCGUCUUGCAUUAUUAUUGCAUUAUGUCUUGCAUUAUUUAUUUGAAGAAACGUUUAUCUGUAUGGCAGGCUUUGCAGGAUACAGCCUUAAAACCUGAAUAAAUUGUAUGUAAAUAUGACAGCUGUAUAUUGAGUCCGCUUUAUGAACUGCAUGGGGCAGAAUUCUGUAUUGAAACAUAUGACUUGGCAAUCAGUUGGGAAAAAAUACAACUAAAAAGUUAAACUAUUUAAAAACAACACAAACUGAAGACUUAUAGUUCCUUUAUG